AUGAGCACUAGUGUUUCUUCUGAUUCAACAAUUGGGGCAGUGUCAAGCACUCAAAAUAAUGGUGCCCUUGAUGCUGCGCAUCCCUACUACAUUCACCCUUUGGAUUAUCUAGGUAUAAACCUGGUUUCAACUGUCUCUGAUGAAAAGGGUUAUGGUAGGUGGAGAAGAGCUGCUAUCAUAGCUCUAUUUGCUAAAAACAAGUUGGGAUUUACUGAUGGAUCCUUGCUUGUUCCCACUGCUCCCAUACUUCAGAAAUCUUGGGCACGAUGUAAUGAAAUGGUGCUCUCAUCGUUGCUCAACUCUUUAUCAAAAGAAGUUGCUGAGAGUGUGCUUUAUUCUCAUAGUGCUAAAGACCUCUGGAAAGAUCUGGAGGAAAGGUUUGGCCAAGCUAAUGGGGCUAAGCUCUUUCAAUUGCAAAAAGAACUUGGUGCUUUGGUUCAAGGAAAUUCUAGUGAGUCUGGGUAUUUUACUAAAAUGAAAAGUCUGUGGGAUGAGCUUCAUGCUCUCAACACAUUUUCUGCUUGUAUUUGCAAUUGUGAAUGUGGGGCCAAGACCAAGAAUCUCAGAGCACAUCAAGAUGAGAGACUUCUUCAAUUUUUGAUGGGCUUGAAUGAAAUCUUCAUCGGUGUAAGGAUCAAUAUUCUCAUAGCCUCUCCCUUACCAUAUAUUGGACAAGCCUAUUCUCUAGUGAUGCAGGAUGAGAAGCAAAGAGAGAUCAACUCAUCCCCUGUUUAUCCAACAGACUCGAAUUUCUUCAUUGCAACUAAUCAACCACCUGGUAACAGAGAAUUUGGUGAGUAUAAGGGACAAAAGGGAAUUUAUAGCCCAAAGAAGAACACGAACAUCUCUCUUGCAAGCAACAGAGUUGACCCUGAGCAUGCAGGGAUUAAUGCAGCUAAACCAUUGAACCUCACAUAG